AUGAAGAAUCAAAGAACAGUUUUUGUGCUUGGGUGCAUCACUACCGGGAUAGUCAUGGUUCUAUUCGGAAUAGACUUCAUGAUGCCAAAGAGAAGCUCGGUUAGGUCUGUAAGCCUUGUCGAAAGAGGAAGGAUGUCUCUAUUUGGGAAAAAGACCUCCACACUGGGGAAGUUUGCCGAAAGGAAAGACAAUGAUAGGAUUGACGUCUUAAGAGAGAAGAUAGAUCUAAUCAACAAGAAGCUGGACAGAGUGAUUAAGAUUGUUGAGGAGCUUAAGUCCUCGAACAAACCCAGUUCUGCAACAAUAGGCAAGGAAGCAAAUGGAAGUACAUAUCGUGAAUCCAGGUAUUCGAAUCUUCAUCCUGAGAGAUCUUCACUAAGCUCCAUGUCUUUGAUUAAUCAGCCCUAUUAUCUAGGGGAGAGGGGUCAAAGCAUGAAUAUUGACACUGCGGAGUCGUCUAGAAAAACCCGCCCAUUCGGUAUAGGCUUGGAUGCCUUCCAUCCUAAAUAUUCUGAUAGCUUUGCUUUACAUGUAUCCAGUAGUGGGAGCCACAGUAUUCCUACCAUCGAUAAGACCGGUGCAUCCAAAGAAACUGAAAGGAAGUUAGAGCCUGAGGCUACUCUUUCCAAGAGUGGAGAGGUGGUAUCUUCCGGGCUUCCAGAAGGUAUCGCCAUUGGAGGCACCAUAUCAGGAGGAGAGCGUAUUGAAAAGCUGAUUGGAGAAUUCCUUAGUGAGGGGUUUGCCAAUGCUAUCAAGCCAUCCCCUGUGAAGCCAGAAGAGGAUAUCAAAGAAUCACAAGAUAAAUCCCGGAUCUCAAAAGAAAGCAAAAGACCAAAGAACGAUAGCAAUGGACAAGUUGGCCUUGGAGGUAGCGGAAGACCUGUAUCCCAGAAGCCUCUACUCACUAAUGAAAAAGGAAGUGCAUACACCAAGAAGAAUACACAGGAGAACAAAGAGGUCCCAACCUCUUCCCUUGACAAAAAGGAUGGAGAGGUUAUAACCAAGGAGACCACAUCAGUGCCAGUAGGCAGUGGACUUCAAAAGCCAUCUGGUUUGGAAACAAAGCCUCUUCCAAGCAGUGGGACUAAAGGUAUGAGUGAAAUUGGAAGGUCUACUAGCCACAGUAACAUUCGUUACGCAGAUGGAAGCAGAAGUUCUGUUCUAUAUCAGCCGGAGAAUGAGAUAAGCUACGAAGAUGCCUCGAGUAGUGGAACAGAGGAAGAAGGUAUUAUGCCAGGUCUGAGAAGCGGGAUCCCGACACCUAGAAUUUCGGUGAUAAAGCUGUGA